AUGACCUAUUUUAUGUUUUUAUUAUUGAUGGCUUUAGUUGUGGGUUUAGUUGCUGUUGCUUCUAAUCCUACUCCGUAUUUUGCUGCUCUUGGGUUGGUGGUUGCAGCUGGGGUUGGGUGUGGGGUUUUGGUUGGUCACGGGGGCUCCUUUUUGUCGUUGGUCCUUUUUCUAAUUUAUUUAGGGGGGAUACUUGUAGUUUUUGCUUAUUCAGCGGCUUUGGCUGCUGAGCCUUUUCCAGAGGCUUGAGGUAGUCGUUCUGUGUUUGGGUAUGUUUUAGUUUAUUUGUUAGGGGUUGGUUUAGUGGCAGGGCUUUUUUGAGGAGGUUGAUAUGAGGGUUCUUGAGUGGUUGUUGAUGGGUUGAAGGAGUUUUCUAUUUUGCGAGGGGAUAUUAGUGGUGUGGCUGUUAUAUAUUCGUCUGGUGGUGGGACGUUGGUUAUUUGUGCUUGAGUGCUGCUUUUGACCUUGCUUGUUGUGUUGGAGCUUACUCGUGGUUUGAGUCGUGGGACUCUUCGAGCGGUUUAG